ACGUGUGUUUGUCUCCCAACAGAUCCCGGCAUCGACUCCAACGACGAGAACUCGCAGUCCAUGAGGAGUGAGGGCCGGUCCUCUCAACCGCAAAUCUUCGAGUCGGGCAACGGUUCCGUUCAGUACCAGUUCAAGACAGAGAACGGACAGACGGGCGCCGUCACCUACAGAGUGGUCACUGUUGACGACUCACACCCCACACAUACAGUGGUGACACCGACUAUAGUGAGUCCCACUCAACACAGUUCUGUCGCUCUCCUCACCGCACAUGCGAGCAAUCCUUUCGGUGCCUCUCAACCGAUUGCCACGAGUGGUGGUACUGACGGUCCCUACUAUGUGAUGAUGGCUCCCACUUCAGCGGACCUCAUAUCUCACUCAACGUCUAGCAUCAGAAGAGCCAAAAGCAACUCAGAGGGCUCUGGAGGCGUGCCUCGUGUGGCCAGGGAUGAGAAGAGGAGAGCCACUCAUAAUGAAGUGGAGCGCCGAAGAAGAGAUAAAAUCAAUAAUUGGAUAAUAAAGUUAUCAAAAGUAGUUCCCGACUGUCAACAGGACCACACCAAACAGGUAUGUCUUAAGGGCCAAUCAAAAGGCGGAAUUCUGGCCAAAGCCACAGAAUAUAUACAGGAGUUGUGCGCCGAAAACGGACGACUCAAUGAAGUGCUCAAAGAAAAUGAGAUUUUGAACAAUGAAUUGGAUGCCAUUCGCCAGCAAUUUGUUGAUACAAAGAAUGAGAACCGAAGACUCAAAGCUCUUCUGCAAAAGCACGACAUUCCUAUCGAUGACAACUACUGAUUGAAUAAUAUAUAUUAUCAUAUAUUAUUUAAAUAUUAAUAAAAGUAUAUAAAAAUAAGUAUAAAUAUAUUGUUAUUUCAUAUAAUGGUAUCAAUGAUAAUACUUUAUUAUAUAGAGUACGAACAGUUC